UCAGGGAUCCACCACAGAAGUGGUAACCAGAGUUCAGGGACACCUGGUGGGGCUGAGAGUGUUUCGGGCACUCAUACCCAUCGACAGGAUCACUCAGCAACCAUGAGGUCUCUGGUCUUUGUUCUGCUCAUCGGAGCUGCUUUUGCAUUGGAUGACGACAAAAUUGUCGGAGGGUAUGAGUGCCCGAAAUACUCUCAGCCCCACCAGGUGUCCCUGAACUCUGGUUACCACUUCUGUGGCGGCUCCCUGAUUAACAAGGACUGGGUUGUAUCUGCUGCUCACUGCUACAAGUCCCGUGUAGAGGUGCGUCUUGGUGAGCACAACAUCAUGGUCACUGAAAGCACAGAGCAGUUCAUCAGCUCUGCCCGCGUCAUCCGCCACCCCAAAUACAACUCUUGGAACAUCGACAACGAUAUCAUGCUGAUCAAACUGAGCAGGUCUGCCUCUCUCAAUAGCAAUGUGCAGCCUGUGGCUCUGCCCACCAGCUUUCCUCCUGCUGGCACCAUGUGCUUAGUCUCUGGUUGGGGCAACACCAUGAGUUCCACUGCUGACAGGAACAAGCUGCAGUGCCUGAAGAUCCCCAUCUUGUCUGACAGAGACUGUAAAAAUUCCUACCCUGGCAUGAUCACUGACUCCAUGUUCUGUGCUGGAUACCUAGAGGGAGGCAAGGACUCCUGCCAGGGUGACUCUGGUGGCCCCCUCGUGUGCAAUGGUCAACUGCAGGGUAUUGUGUCCUGGGGCUACGGAUGUGCUGAGAAAGAUCAUCCUGGUGUCUAUACCAAGGUCUUCAUCUUCGUUGACUGGUUGCAGACCACCAUGGCCAACAACUAAAUCUGAUCCUGAGAUCAUUGCCUUCCUCUGCUGCCUCUUUUCUGUUUUUCUGCAGCUAAUCAUGUUGUAGAAUUUCAGAAAAUGUGCAUAUACUUUGUCUUCUGCAUUAAUAAAAUUGAACAUCUUGACUUCCAUACA